UUUUUAUCAGUGUCAGAUGAGGAGAGAAGUGAGUGAUGAAAAGAGAUAGAGAGCUGAGAUGACAGCUGUUUGACGGAGGGACAGCAGGAGGAGGGAGCACAUGUGAAACAUCAAAUGUAAAAGACAGAGGACGCAACACGCUGGAGAAACACAGAGCAAGACACCCAUAUACUAAGAAUGAGUGCAACUCGAAUAGAGCUUGAGCCUCAGCUAUCAGUCCAGCCAUCAUCAGAGCCAGAACCUGAGAGGCGGCUUCAGCCUCCACCUCUGUUUCAGCUGCCACUCCCCACCCAAGAUCCCUCCGAGAUCCAUCAACAAACCCAGCUCCAACCUGAGCUACAGUCAGAGUCUAACCCUGAGCACCAAGCAAAGCCAGUGUGGAUAAACCAUCGAAGGCAGCUUCUUUUUUUUCUUUUUGGGUUCUCCUUAUGUGCUGCCAUUCUAGGAAUAAUUUACUAUAUGCAUCAGAACCUUCAAAAUAGGAGCAAUAACCAGGCAGACACUGAAACACCAUGUCUCUCCCCAGCCUGUCAGUGGGCCUCCACCCAUCUGUUCAUGUCUGCUGAUCCCUUCAUGCAGCCCUGUGAUUACUUCUUGUUCACAUGUGGAUCUGACGGACUUUCACCAGACAGUGGGGGGAGACAAAGAGGUCAGGGCAUCCCUGGACAUCCACAGAACCAGAAGGAAAACGCAGUAUGGCCAGAGAGGAGAGGACGAAGUAAAGAGAGGCAAGACAGAGGACAGAGAAAGGAGAAAAUACUGGACAGAAAAACUGUGCUGCUGCAGUAUCUCAGAGAGAUUUUGGAAUCAAACGACAGACCGGGUAGUACAGCAGUGCAGAAGGCCAAAGGAUUCUACCAUUCCUGUUUGGACACUAAAUCCAUAGAGACUGCUGGAGCAGAGCCCUUCCUCACACUCAUCCAGCAACUGGGAGGCUGGGCAGUAUCAGGCCAGUGGAAUCAGACCGAUCUCAACUCCACCCUGAGCCUGCUGAUGCGAGACUACGCCACCUUUCCAUUCUUCAACCUCUAUGUGGGCAAAGACCCAAAUGAAAUUGCCCGCGGGACAACGAAAAGAUACAUACAGAUUGAUCAGCCAGAUCUGUUAAUCCCGAUUGAAUGGAACAGCAAGACACAGAAGUCUCAGGCUAAAACUCAGACGUUACGUCCCUUCUUGACAUCAUGUCAGAGGUACCUGGCCCUGUUGGGGGCCCCGCCCAGCAGAAGCAUGAUCCACGUGGGCACGUUCAUCUCUCUGUCUUCUGAACUCGCUGUGGCUUCUGCACCUCUGCACUAUCGCCUGUCGAAAGGGCAGCUUUAUCAGCGCAUGACCAUCAAAGAGCUACAGAGCCAGGCCCCUGCAAUUGACUGGUUGGGCUGUCUGCAGGCCACUUUCCAUCCACUACCCCUCAUCGAAGAUGAUCAUGUCCUUCUGCAUAACUUACCCUACAUUGUGCAAAUGUCCCGCAUUAUUGGCAAAUGGCUGAACAAGCAUGAGCUGAGCACCAGCGCCCCCCUUCAUACUUUCAUGGUCCUCAAUCUGCUGCACACCAUGAUGCCUGCUCUAGACUCCAGAUUUUCUGAAACAGCGAACAAUUUGUCUGUGGCUCUGGGUAACACUGAAGGGGUAGCCCCUCGCUGGAAACACUGUGUGUUAGAGACUGAGAGAGGAUUUGACUUAGUUCUUAGAGACCUUCUCAGUGAAAGGACAGCACACAGAGAGGCAGAGGAGAUUAUUCAAAAUAUCUUUUCCUCUUUCAAGUCCAAAUUACGUGAACUCAAGUGGACAGAUCAGAAGUCUCUCCAGGUUGUCAUGAAAAAGGUUCAGUCAUUAAUUCCGAGACUUUGGACUACAAAAGAGGUCUCUAGUGAGGCAGAGCUUGACCUGCUUUUUUCCAAGGUGACAGUCAGCACACAUAGCUUCUUCUCCAACUACGUCCAGCUACUGUCCUUGUGGCAAAAGAGACGCAGUCAACUCUUGACUGAGCUGACUGAGGCGGCUGAUAUUUUGUCUGUCACACCAUUUCUCCUGGGUUAUGAGCUCCUUGUUCCCAUGGGAAUGUUUGUCCCUCAUCUCUUCCAUCCUACCUAUCCUCGGGCAAUGAAUUAUGGUGCAAUGGGUUUCCUUAUCGCCAAAGAUAUCCUCCACCUGAUUCUACCUGACAUUUACUCUCAGAGUGAGACGGUGCAUGCUGUGGGGGAAUGUGUGUGGGCUCACUACCUCACUGUGACAGAAAAAGCAGGCCGAGGUGGAGUGUUUUCUCUCUCAGCAGCGCAGCAGCAGGAGGUGUGGGUGCAGUAUUCUGCACUGCAGAUAGCAUUGCAGGCUUAUCAUCAGAGUCUAAAGAACCAUCCGAGUGACACUUCCAUCUCAGGACUAUCACACACUCGUCUGUUUCUCACAUCCUUUUCUCAGGUUAACUGUGACUCAGACCCAUACAGUGAGCUCAUGCCCUUGGAGCCCUCCUUCCUGAUUACAGUCAUUUGUGCCAAAUCUGACCUGUGUCCUACAAGCCUACAGUGUCUCAAUAAAACCCAGCCGCAUCCAUUACAAACAUGCUGAACACACUCUUGUGAAGACCAGCAGGUUUUGUUUUUGUAGUUACUGAUUAUUACGGAUUGUCUGGCAAACUACCGACUUGUGAAUCGUGCUGUAGACAUUAAGCACGCUGUGGAUGUUGGCAAACUUUUGUUAGAAUAAAGAUAGUUUAUAUAACAUAUUUAUGGUAAGAGUACCUACAGUAUGUAAAAAGCCAAGGAAACGCUGACAUCUGUUUUGUAUUAGUAGUUAUUGUUAAGAUAUGUUUGCAUUUCCAUAGAUUGCACAAGCUGUUAAGUAUUAUAAUUUAUUAAGUAUAAAUAAAAUAAACAUUUGAAAAACAA